AAUACCUGAUGGGCUUGUAUUGACUAUUUGACAGUAACAACGACGAUCGCGAACUGACAAUUGACAGAACAGACGCGGGCGAUGUCGAGCUUCGACCCGCGCUCACCAGGUUAUCAUGGCACAACGACGUAUUCGUCUAUCUCGAGCAACUCUGAUUCCGACACCCACCGCGCAUCCACAGAGUCAUCCGCCUCCCCAGGCCUCCUCCGACGCGUUGCAUUCAGUCCUCCUCGCUCUGAAACCAGCUUUGAAGGUCACGGUUACGACGACAGUUUCGCAGAACGCGCUGAAGUCGAAGCAGUUCUCACCGAACUCGACCUUGACGCUGAGAUUAAUUCUACCCAGGAUGCUGUCUCCCAAUGGUCCUCUUCCCGGCCAUCCUACACGUCCUUUAGUACGUCUACUCCCUACAGUGGUACAGGGUCCUACACUGGCACUUCCGCUUCGUACUCCGCGGACACUGCAACGGCAACAGGAACUUAUUUCACACGUGACCCUCGCGUCCUGAGUACCAUCUCAGAACGCACAGAGCACCCCAGCCGACCAACUUCCUUUGCCCAGAACCGUCUUUCUGCACACCGCCUAAGCACAAUAUCAAGUCCGCACGUUCGAUCAGCUAUUGAUCCCCCUGCAAAUGCGAACAGACUCAGCACGCACUCCCAGGGGCACACACGCGGUGCCACAGAUAUUCCCACAACUAGCCGUCGCACGGGCGACCUUAUUGCAUUCUUCGAGGACCGCGCAGGUACCCCUGGCAAAGAAAAGGAGAGAGUCACAAGCCCAUUUUUACCUACAACCCAGAGUACGCCUCAUUUAGGGAGUACCACGGGGUACACCUCAACUGGAUACGGCUAUACUACGGGAUUCACUUCGACUGGAUACGGAUAUACUACAGGAACAGGCGGCUAUACCACAUCCCACCUAUCCUCUGCCGCUAAAAGCAGAUCCGACGAUUCGCGUUCCACCGUCUCGACUUCUUCAGGUGGAGGUGGGACUGAUUUGAGCUUGUCGACUUUGUUAAGUCCACCAGUGCGCGGGUUUAGCACCCCAACCGGGACGUAUAGUGGUAGUGGGACAGCAACAGCGACAGGGAGGACACAGCUAAGCCCGAGCGAUUUUGCAAGUACGUUUUCGAGUGCAUUCGGGGUUGCUAGAGGUAGACAAGAUGAUACUACACCCACACGCCAGCCUCAGACCACCCUCCGUCGUAGCACCGCUCCUCUGAACGACACUAACACGAGUCCCAGGAGCCCGUUAACGAGCGUACGAAAUAUUGUAGCUGCAUGGAAGGAACGCACACCAGGGCUAGGGAAAGUGAAAAGUGAGAGCAGUGAAGGCGGGAGCGAGCUAUCUCCGCCUGGUGCAUCAAAGAUGGAGGGCUUGUUCUCUCUUCGUAGACGCGCAUCGCGUCAUGGGCCGCGGGGACAGCCGCCGGUGACGCCUGAUAGGAAUGGUGGGAAGGGCAAUGGAGGAGGCAGUAACAGAAACAGGGAAAACGAAGGAAUCACUAGCAGUGGGAACAAUCUCAUGAAGAGGAGAGUGAGCUCCACGAGUAGCCUCAUACCCCCGCCUUUUGAUAUGACAGAUCUGGGGGGAAAAGAAAACCGGGAGCCUAUACGCAUUGGUACUCUCUGGUAUCUCAAUGUGCAUUCUUCAACGCCUUACCGUUGGCAAAAAUGUUCCGCACUGCUCUACCCUCACGUGCUUAUCCUUUCUUGGAGUGCCCCUGGGGGUGGUCGAGGCGUAGUAAGCUUAGAUCUGAUCAAUUGUACAGAAGUGAGGAGUACUCCUGGCUUUACGCACCCUGGAGCAAGGGGUGAUGUCGGGGGAGUGAGUGCAGUAGCUCAGAUGACCGAGGAUGGCGUGAGUCUUGUGGAAGUAUUGUGUCCGUUCCAGUUGUUGUAUGGUGAUGGCGUUGAGCGACUUGCGGCAGAGAGUGCGAGGGAAAGGGUGAGGUGGGUGAGUGCGAUUUGGGAAGCACUUGACCGUUCCUUGUCUCUCCCCAAUCGCUCCCAAUCUGGUUCGCCCACAGGCAGCAUAGGCACUAUUCACUCCAUAGCCUCUUCCACAUCCACGUCUGCUGGGAGCAGGAGUACUGUCUUUGUACCUCCGCUGCAUACGAUCCCGAGCCUGUCAGAUUUGGGGAGUGCUUCCGGAGGGUUGAGUCUGAGUACCAGUAGGGUGCCCAGCGUGGGCGGCCAUGGGCGCACUACGGAUGAUUCGUCGUAUCUUUACCCCUCUGACCCGCGUGUCAUCGCCCCAUCCCGAUCUUCAUCCUUGCGCCGCACGUCAUCUCUCACAGACCUGGACGAGGAGUUUGCUAGUGCUGUGUCGCGUGCUCGUUCUGCCAAACCUGGUCUAGGCUUUGGCUUGAGCUUGGUCAACGAAAGUUUGAGUUCAGAGAGUGGUGGAAUACUGGGCGUGGGUGGGGGAAGCCCUGUGACAGUCAGUAGUGGCCCAAGAUUGGGGGGCGAUGUUCGUGUCACCCCACCUCCCACUGGGAAAAUAAGGAACCGAGCUCUCAGUGUCAGUGAGGAGGAAUUCUUCAGUGCCGGCUCACGCACAUCCAGCGUGCCAGGCUCUCGUUCCGAAUCAGACUUUUUCUCAGCAGACAGCUCCAGGACAAGCAGGAGUGGCGAUGGCCGGACAACGACAGGGCUAGUGACAGACGGGACAGCAUUUGAGUUCACGAGUGGCGAGUCAAACACGCAGAUCGUGCCGAGCACGCUAAGCUACAGACGCACGGAGAGUAAUUCUUACCUGGGGGACUCGCAUGACGGCAGUGGGAGCUAUACGCCAUAUACAUACAGCGAUGGGCGUUCGCGAACACCAUUCUCGUCAAGUGAUAGCCGGUCGAGAACGCCGUACUCUUACUCGUCCAGCGGAUACACAAGCAGCACGCCCUACACGUACACGAGUGGCAGUUACCCCCCCACCUCUACCUCGCCAUCCUUAUCUCGUACCCCUGAGGUUCGGAGACGGCGGUAUGGUGCAUACUCUACGAGCGAGGACCCAUCUGAUAGGGAGUAUUCUGCAACGACAAGGUCGACACUGAGCGGGUGGACGAGGAGUAGGACGCCCACAACGACAACGGAGGGAUUCUUAGCCGUGGAGGAGAGGGAGAGUAGUGGGAGUGAGGGGUACACCACAGCCCAUGCGUCGCCCAGCCCGAGCACUGCAUCAUUCAAGAGCCUUCCAACGAUCCCAAGCGAGUCAGACUACCAGACAUUGGACACGUGCAAGACUUGCGUGAGCACGGAGUUCGUAACUGCAGAGCGGUGCUUAAGUGACGUGGAGACAGAGUAUGUGACAGCAGAGAAGUGCAAGACCGAGACCGAAACGGAUUUCUGGACAGCGGAAGUGUGCAAGAGCGACAAGGAGGAGACACAGUAUGAGACGGCGAGCGUAUGUCUUACGAUUCCGAGCGAGGAGGGGUUGAGCACGCCGAGGUCGGGGUUGGUUAUGGAGCUUUCUGCUGAGGAACUAAUUGACGAGCCCAUUGACGAACUCGUUGAAGCGGCCAUUGAAGCGGCCAUUGACCUGCCUGUGGACGAGCUCAUGGACGAGCCCAUUGAAGCACCCGUUGAAGCAUCCAUCGAAGUGCCUAUUAACCUGCCUAUUGAAACGCCCAUCGACGUGCCCAUCGAAGCGCCUAUUGACCUGCCCAUUGGAGCACCCAUUGACCUGCCCAUUGACCUGCCCGCUGACGUACCCAUUGACCUGCCCGUUGACGUACCCAUUGACCUACCCGCUGACGUGCCCAUUGACGUGGCCGUUGACGUGCCCAUCGACGUACCCAUCGACAUGCCCAUCGACGUGCCCAUUGACUUGCAUGAGGAAGAGGAAGUGGAAGUGGAUCUAUCGCCCACACCCCCGCCGAGGGCACCGAGCGAAGUUCCCAGUAUCAUAUCUGAGGAACCAAUGCUGGAGGUGUCGAUCACGCCUGAGGCUGUCACUGCACAGGAAGAGUUCGCGGAGGAGGACAGCCUGCUGGAGAGCGCCCCACCCACCGCUCGGGCGCCCGAGACACCGACCCCCGUCGUCAGUUUCCAUACCGACUCGUCAUUUUCUUACACCGAGAGUGAUCUGAGUCCCGCACAGCCAGAACUUGACACAUCUGUCUCGAGUUUGACAGAGUCAACCGAGCCCUUUGUCAUCGCGACACCUCGGACAGUCCAGACUCCAGUUCUCUCGAUAUCUGACCAUGACGAAGAGGCAGUCACGCCAUCUGUGCACCCAUCUCAAUGGCCUUCUGAGACGGACGUGUCGUUUGAUUCGUCUGCACUGCAGCCCACCCCUAGUAUACAGAGCGCCGCAUUGCAGGAGGGUAUCGAUGGGAGCUUUGAGACAUCAUUUAUGCGCCCGAGUGUAUCGCCGCUGAGCAGUAUUGCGAGGCUAACGCCUAUCACGGAGACUAUUUCUUCCCUCACACCAUCUCCUAGACAGAUAUUCCACCCACUUGAAUUGGUAUCUUCGCCAUCCAGUGGACCGACUCCUUUGACGAUGUCGACGAGCGCAUCGAGUUCACUGUCAAGGACCGCAUCCAGCGUGAGUGGUGUGUCGAGUAUUGCGAUUGAGGCGGAGGAGGAAGAUGCAGUGAGCGUAACAGCUGCUAGUGACAUUUCGACAGUACCGUCCUUACUGUCGACGAGAAGAGAAGAGUCGGUGCGAUAUAUGCCAAUGCCGUCCCCGCGGACCGUGCCUCUCCCAGUGUCCCCUGCCCCUACUUCGGUGUCGAUGAGUGUGAGUAUGACAACACCGCACGAUAAUGUUCCUUCCAUCCAUUCUGUCCUCGAGACGGAGCACACGCGCACGCACACUGAACACACUAUCACGCACGAUAUUGACCGUCUUCUUCAUCAUAUCCAAGAGCUUGACCAGUUCCGUGGCCAGGAAACCCAGGAAAUCUCAGAGAAUGUGCGUGCUAUCCGAGACGAACUGUAUGAUUUAUCGGAGUACGUUCGUACGAGGCUCGUCGCGGAGAGGCCACCCCCUGUGCCAACUAGAGACACAUCUGUCGGAGGCAGCAGUGUGCUCUCGACGCCAAGAGGACCACGCCCGAGGCCGGGUAUCACCCUUGUCGAGAUGUCCCCACCCCCUAUGCACCCCUCCUCCCCGAGUUCGCUCAAUUCAGUGCCGUCGUUCUUGUCUUCGCAUCACUCGGAUGACGACUUGAGUCUGUUGGAAACGGAAUUGGAAGCGGAGACCGUGGAACGCUCAUAUUCGAUCUCUAGGGAGCCAUCUUGGCCCUCCUCGUCAUCCUCAUCUUCGUCCUCGAUCUCGCCAUCUGAAAUUUCUUCCAGCGAGCCAUCUCCUGGUCCCAGCUUGUCGGCGACGUCUUCAUCAUCACCUACACCUCCACCGUCGUCACCUACACCUCCACCAUCGUCACCCACACCUCCACCGUCGUCACCCACACCUUCAACGGCGUCGGUCACCACUGUACGGCAGCGCGAUAGCAUUACGAUUGAGACGCUGAGAGACAUGCUGACCUCACUGAGAGAGCAGACGACUGCACUUUGGGAGGGCCAGGUAUCAACAAACCAUAUGCUGGACGAGUUGCGCGAGACACGCUCAGGUCCCCUGGACACCACAGAGUUCAAUGACCGGUUUCAGGCCAUCGAGGUUCUUUUGCGUCAACUCAUCGAUAGACAGGUCGAGACUGAAAGACCGGUCCACAUCCAGCCCCCAUCAGAGUCUAUUUCUGAUGUCACCACAGAUGUAGACGCAGAGGAUUUUCAGCAGCGCUGGCAGGACUGGACGCGGCUCCUGAGGGACCGCGUGCCUCUUGCUGCACCCCAGCCACGCAGAGCUCGUGGAAAUCUUGACGAUGAGUUACUUGCAUUAUUGCAGGCACCCCCGCCUCAAGUGCCUAUAGGCGUCCAACCGCCUCCAGCAUUAAUCCCCUUCGCUUACCAACCUGCGGUACGUCCUCCAAGGUCAAGGAGUACCAGUCCCAUACACCGGCCUGCGACGUUCCCGAUUGCCACUGAGCCAGUGGUGUUCUCACCUGAGAUCCAACACCCACCUAUACUCCGUCGUACUCGACGAGGACCGCGCCACCCAGCCGCAACUGAGACCGAGGUUGCAUUUUCUGAUCCACCUGGGCCACGUACUCAGCAACACAUUGGGCCAAUGGUACCACCACCUGGAGAUUUUUCCGAUCCCGCACGUAUACGUCCGUCUACUAAUCUUCCUCCUCCCGCACCUAUCAACUUGCAGGGAAGACCUCCAAGCGCGCCUGCUAACCUUGAACCCAAUGACGAUGUUCGCGAGCCUCAAACCUGGUACUACCCUAGACCAGAGGGCUUGGGCGUGCCUCCUCCGCCUGUUAUUCCUGGUCAACAAAGUGGUCGCCAAUAUGUGCCAAUGCCUCCGGGACCAACUGUAGUGCAGUUGCCACUCUUUGACACAUUAAUGAACAUCCUUCGGGAACAUCGUCUUGCCCAACUUGCGACCGUGGAUCAACAACGAGAAUUGAUGAGGUACAUGAGAGGUCUGAAUGAGUGGCUUGAAAGGGAUGUACAGGACCGUCAAGCAGAAUUACGAGGGGUGACUGCUCGUGUUGAUGAACUAAGAAAUGAUCUUGCACGACUAGGAUUGGGGAUACAGCCCGGUGUGCAACCACCAAGUGUGCACCCAGGUCAUGGAGUGAUCCCAGGUCAUGGAGUGAUCCCUGGAGGACCUAUACCCCCUCCACCUAUUAUUGGUCUCGGACCUCUUGGAUUCGUUCCUCAGGGAGUCACAGAGCCUCCUGUUGUUCCCACCUAUGAAGGUUCUCCUCAGCCACACGAAUAUACUCCUUUCAUACCCGAUGAACCUCCAUGGGGCAGGCAGGGGCCGGGCAUGCCAGAACCUCAUCAUUACCCUCCAGAUGCGCGAGGACCAGUAAUCCCUGACACUUACGGUGGUUAUCCCCAACGACAACCUCGUGAUCAGUACGAGCACCGCCUUGACGAUGAAGAAGAAGGAGUUAUUCCCACGAGUCCUGGGUCUAGCGAACCUGUAUUCGUGCCAGCACCUACGAUCAUCGUUCAACAAAGUGAUGAUGAAGAGAGUGACGAUAGCACGGCUACUCAACAGACCUACACUCAUCCCGACUCACACCAUGUACAGCACCCUCCAGAAAGUCCAAUGUUACCCAUGGCGCCAGGUUAUCGACAAGAUAUCCCUGACGUUACACAUUCCGAGGAGCAUACGCACAGCCAUGGAAGCCCUACGCCUCAGACUAUCAAUAUCAAUAUGCCUUCACAAUCGGCUCCAGUCCCCCAAGUAGAUAUGGCAGAUCAGCAGCCUGCGCCAAUGCCACAAUAUGAACCGGCACCAAUGCAACCAUAUGGACCCGUUGGGAUACCACCGCCACCCGUGAUUGCAGGGCCUGAUUCCGGACCCGUGAUAAUCCACCCUCCCCAACCAAUGUUCGAGCAGCCCAGGCCUGAGAGGUCCAGGUCCAGGUCUAGGUCUGGUUCCAGGAGAGGCGAAGUGGUUAUACAACGAAGCCCUCCUCACCAUUCACCUGGCCCUGUCAUAUUAUCAUCGCCGGCUGGCGAACAUGUCGCCAGACCUCCCACUCGCCAAGAAUUUGUUGUUACUCCUUCGGGUGGCGGCCCUGGCGGGCCAGUGGUGGUCACGGUACCUGCUAGCCGGGGAUACGUUUCGCGUUCACGAUCUCGGUCUCGUUCACCUCGUGGACGUUACCGUGACAGAUAUACAUACGAUGAUCCUUAUUACCGACGAGGUCGACAUCCUGACUCUCCUGAUUAUUACCCAAGACGUUGGGAUGACCGUCGAGGCUACUCACCUGAACAUCGCUACCGUCGUUAUUAUGAUGACUACUCUCCCGAGGGUCACCGUCGACGGAGAGGACCGCGUGAUGAUUACUCGCGAUCGCCAUCACCACGACGAGGCGAGAGACAUAGAGGUGAUGACCGCCGCCGUCACGGACACGCUGAUUCAGCCUCUCCCACACGUUCAGCAGAAAGAGAGCGACGCAGCAGAGACGAUCGCACCCCUCGUCGCGGACGGUCGAGUGACGAAGAUCUCCACAGUAGACGUCCUAGUUAUGACGAGGGCGAUCGCUCGCGGACUCACAGAACCCCCACUCAAGUUACAGAAGCGGAUGCACCUAGUCAUGUCCAUCGCACACCUACUCCUAGCCACCGCACACCUACUCCUGGUCAUCGUACACCUACUCAUGGUCAUCAUACACAUACUCAUAGCAUCCCUGAUCCUCCGCGGUCACCAACUGUCAUCAGAAUUGAUCCAGAGCAAACACACCUUGAAUCACACCCCGGCCGACCAGUAAUAAUAACUCCGGCAGCACCUCGCCCGUUCUCAUCAGAACGACAUCCGAUGAGCCCCAUUAGUCAACUUCAACAGGAACUGCGUCAUGCCCCCGAUGUAUAUAUUCCAACCGUACAUUCCUCACAUCCACAUUCUGUAAGGGACGACUAUGUAUCGCCGCACCGUCGAACACCUUCAGUGAUGGAACACGACGAAGGAUCACGCCAUCGAUCACCUUCUGCAAGGGACGAUGACAGACCGCCACGCCAUCGAACACCUUCAGUGAUGGAACGCGACGAAAGAUCACACCAUCGAUCACCUUCUGCAAGAGAUGAUGACAGAAGGCCACGCCAUCGAUCACCUUCUGCAAGGGAUGAUGACAGAGGGCCGCGCCAUCGAUCACCUUCUGCAAGGGAUGAUGACAGACCGCCACAUCAUCGAUCACCUUCUUCAAGGGAUGAUGACAGACCGCCACAUCAUCGAUCACCUUCUGCAAGGGAUGAUGACAGACGGUCACAGCAUCGAUCGCCCUCUGCAAGGUAUGACGAACCUGACCCGCAUGGACGUCGCGGUGAUCCACGAUUUCCGGACGACGGAGCUGACCCAUAUGUACAUCGCGCUGCUUCGCAAGUUCCGCAUGACGAACCUGACCCUCGUGAACAACGCACCGCUUCGCGAGUUCUGCAUGACGAAGAUGACCUCCGUGGACAUCAUCCUGUUUCACGAAUUCCAGAUGACGAAGCUGGACAUGGCGCCGUUUCACGGCGUCCAUCACGCACAGAAUCAUACGUAGGAAGUAUGCCAGCUACUAUUCUGGAGGAUGAUGGCGGCCGACAUCCGAGCGAGAUGGUCCAUGUCCCACCACCAACUGGCCAUGUCUCCCCGCCAAGUCAUGAUCCUCAUGUGCACUUUGACCCAACUGGAUUUGAUGACGCCAUUAAUCAGCGGCACGAACGACUGGAAGAAGCAGAACGUGAACUCAACCAGGUCGUUCAGGACGCUCAUGCAGCUGAAAACCAUCGUGAAGAAGAAUUUCGAAACAAUGAAGAAGCAAGAGAGCAUUUGUUCCUCCAAAACGAAGAUCGGCGUGAGGCUGAGGCAAGACAACGCAGUGACAAUCUAUUUGCUCAACUAGAAGAGAGGGCGCACAGUGUACCUCCUAUACCAGUCCCUCCUCCAUCUGGAUCUGAUGAUAGUGCUUCCAUCAUUCAAUCGAUUCACGCAGCUUCUCAUGAGGCGUCCUCUCGCCAUUCUUCUGACAUUUUGGAGACGGUUCGACUUGAGCGCGAGCAGUCUGCUCGCGAAAGAGAGUCUUUUGCAUCCGAGAGGGAUCAGGAACGUGCUGAAUUUGCGGCCGAGCGUGCUCGCAUGGAUGAAGAGCGUGAACGAAGGGUUCAAGACCUGGAAGAGGAGCUCGCACGCGUUCGUGGGGAGCUUGAUGGCGAAAGGCAGCUACGACAGACUGAAAAUGAAGAACGAGCAGCUGCCAAUGAACGUGACGAAGCCAUGCGCGUGCAAUUGGGCGAUAUCACACAGUUGGUUUCGGAGCAACGCGAUGAGUGUACCAGGAAGAGGGAGCUCAUGGAUCAGCGGUGGGAAGAAAAGCAGGGCAGGCGUGCUGAGAAAGAUGCGCAAUUCCAUGAACUGAAGGAUAUGGUCUCCAGGCUCAUUCAAGACCGUGAGGCGGAUCGAAUACAAGAGGAAGAGCGCAGGCUACGGGAGGAGGGUAAGCCGGAUAUCCAAGUGGUGCUCGAUGAACUCACCCGGCAAAAUAACGAAAUGCGAGAGGCGCUUCGGGCUCUUUCUGAGGACUGGCGCGCUGAAGGUGAGCGGCGGCAUGAAGACACCCUUGAAGCUGUCCGUGCUACUGCCCGGGAGCAAGUUCCGUUCAAUGUGCAAGUGUAUCUUGACGAAUUUAGCAAAGCGCUCGCGACUGAGGUCCGGAUGCUCCUUGGAGAAGUUGGCAAGCUUCGCGAAGAACGCCGCAAUAUCCAACAUGAACUUGGAUACCUGAUGAUGAUGAAAGCUAAAUACGGACCAGGAGGGGAGUUUGAUCCUGAGUGGAAACCGCCGAUGCCUGGCCCUGGUGCGCCUGAUCCACCGCCACCGCCCGAGGUACCUCCCCCGCCUCCUGAUGAACAUGGGCCUUCUCGUCCAGCAUGGCGCACACUCCGCAACACGAGGCGCUCUCGCAAGCCACGUCCCGACCAGCCACCGCCCCCUGAACCUGGUCCAGCACCUAUGAGGCAGCCUGUGCAUUCCUGGGUUACCUGGCAUCCAAACCCUGCGCUGGCACCUACGCCGCCGUCGAUUGAGCCUAACCUGAUUGUACCUGACCAAGGCAGUCCUGGUCUCUUCGGACCUCGCUCGCCACGCAGCUACCGGUAAAGACUCAUUGCUUCAUCACAAAAUAGAGCUCAGGCACCAUAUUUUACGCAUUAUAUCUUAUGACAGUCUUGAUGACAUCUAACGAGUAUAUUUUCCCCUAUCUUUAUCUUGCUCUUCAUUUAUCCUCCCCUUAUCUACUACUCGCAUCUGCUUUGAUUUUUUUGUCCCUGCUCUGCUCUUGGUUGUGCUGUAUAUUUU